CCAUUUUUCAAAAGGCAAAAACCAAAAAAUGGUGUAUUGCCUGCUGCCAUGUACAUUGCACAUUUUUUGACCAUCAGAUGAAAUUUUAUUGCAUCUUCACCGUUCAGUUCCAAUAGGAGAAAACGAGCUCACCGUGGGAUCGGCUUUGGGUGGUCGCAGCACACGGGUUCUAAAAGGGGUCUGUCUGUCGAGAAGACGAAGCUGUGUGAUUAUUUUGGGUCGAAGGCGUCAAUGGCGGCAACAGCUGAGAGGAAGGUCGAGGUGUUUGAUACGGAGGAGGUGCUGGCUGUGUCUCUGGCCAAGUACGUUGCCGAUCUGUCUGAUAAGUUCUGCAAAGAGAAAGGGGCUUUUACCAUCGUUUUGUCUGGUGGGUCUCUCAUCGAGUCCCUCAGGAAACUAGUAGAACCCCCGUACAUCGAUUCAGUUGAAUGGUCGAAAUGGCAUGUCUUUUGGUUAGACGAAAGAGUAGUGCCCAAGGAUCACAAAGACAGUAACUAUAAGCUUGCUUACGAUGGACUUCUAUCUAAGGUACCAAUUCUCCCUGGCAAUGUUUAUGCCAUCAAUGAUGCACUGUCAGCUGAGGGUGCAGCCGAUGAUUAUGAGACCUGUCUCAAACAUUUGGUUACCUGUGGUGUACUAGCUUUAUCAGCAGCUAGUGGGUUUCCAAAGUUUGAUCUCAUGCUGCUGGGAAUGGGUCCAGAUGGACAUGUGGCUUCUCUAUUCCCAGGGCACCCUCUCCUAAAAGAGAAAGAGAGAUGGGUCACCUUCAUUAAGGACUCGCCAAAACCGCCUCCGGAGAGAAUUACUUUUACUUUUCCAGUGAUCAACUCGUCUGCAUAUAUUGCCCUUGUGGUGACUGAUGCCCCUCAAGCUGGAGCAGUGCAAAGAGCAUUAGGAAAUGGACAAAAUUCUGAUAAGCUGCCUGUUCAAAUGGUUUCACCUGAAGGAGAGCUGACUUGGUUUCUGGACAAGGAUGCAGCUUCAAAGCUGUAGGGGUUGGAAUAUCUUUAGCUUUGUGAGUUGAUCUAUAUAGUAAAUAAGCAUGUUGAUCUUGCACUGUGGUUCCAUCGGAGAUCAUAUAGGUGUUCUGCUGGACUUUGUGAUCUCUGUAGUAGGUAACAACUAGUGUGCUUUUUCCAUCUUCUCUGAUGGCAAUAAAAGAAGGUAGGUACUUGGUCCAGUUGUGCUCAAGAGAGUGUGAACAUUUGGUAACGAACAUUCAAAUGUGUGUUCUCAUAUAUGCUUGUUCAUCAUAAAUUCAUGUUGUGUAAA